CUUGUGAAAGGAGGUCUUUGUUUUUUGGCUGAUUUCCCAAGAUUUGAGCAAACAGCAGGAUUCCAACAACUUCCAGCCUUUUGAAACUUCAAAACCAAAAUGCUGCUCGGUACCACAGGCCAAAACAAUAGUGUGCUAGCAUCCCUGCAGCUACAAGGAAGAGCCAUGCAGCCAGCUCUCGAUAUGAAACACUUACUACCCUUUCGGCUAAACAACCCCUCUCCCGUUGGAUUAUUUCCCAACUUCAACACAAUGGAUCCAGUCCAAAAGGCAGUAAUAAAUCAUACGUUUGGCGUUACAUUGCCGCCUAAAAAGAAGCAAGUAAUCUCUUGCAAUGUCUGCCAUCUCAGAUUCAACUCUGAGAACCAGGCUGAGGCACACUACAAGGGUCAUAAACACGCCCGAAAGCUCAAAGCUCUGGAGGCCCUGAAAAAUAAGCAGAAAGCCACAGCAGCCAAGGAUGAUGACAUGAUGCAAUCGGUUCACAACCCAGACGAUACCAUGAGCGAUGCAGAGAAAACAGAGGAUUGUCCAACCACACCAACGGAUGAGAAAACAAAAGGUAAUUCUACCUCACUGGUCCAAGUAUCAAAAGUAUUUCUGGUGGAAAAUGCUAGCAGCAAGAUGUCCGCCACGUUUUCCUGCUCAGAAGCUACGAAUGGCAGGUCGGAAAAUGACAUUGCAACCUCAGUCAUGCACACUGCAGAGAUCGUUCGAAGUGAGGGCACCGACAGUGUUAGCUCAGCGCCUGAAAGUGAGAAGGACGGAGAGAAAAUGAAACAGCAGCUUUACUGUGCAGUUUGCAAAGUGACAGUGAACUCCACAUCACAGCUCGAGGCGCACAACAAUGGGUCCAAGCAUAAGUCAAUGCUGCAGGGACAGAACAGUCACAGCAGAAGAAGCAGACUGAGACUCUUCCCACGGACUUUGUACAAAACUAAACGCAUUGGUAACAAAGGGAGCAUUGGUCUACAGAGCAAGGCUUUUCACUGUAAUAUCUGUGAGAUAUAUGUUAACUCUGAAACACAACUCAAACAGCAUAUGACUAGUAGAAGACAUAAGGAGAGACUUACAGGAAAACCAUCUAAGCCCAAAUACAGUCCUUAUACCAAGCUUCAACAGACUGCAGUGUUGGCGACAAAGAUGGCUUUUCAGAAGCACCUCACAAAACCAUUGGCAGCUGGCUUCUUACCAAAUCCUCUAACAGCAGCUGCUGUCUGUGCAAUGCCAAACCUUACCCUUCGACCGACUACACUCUUCCAGACACCAUUUCUCGGACCAGCCUUCUUCAGAGCCACUCCAGGUCCUCUGAGGGCAACACAUACACCAUUUCUCUUUGCACCAUAUUGACUUCAGGGUUCAAAUCAUUACAGACAUUUUGGAAACUAAAAGGGAACUAUGCAGUCAUAAAUGUGAACAUUAUAAGUUAUGCAUGGCAGAACUCUGCCUCCUUGCUUAAACAUCUAUUGUCAGCAGUUUUAUACUGCAAAUGUAUUUAGAUGAACUUCAUAUUAAGAAAAUAUGGUUUCAGUUACAAAGACAAUUACAGAACUGAUUUAGAUGUGCGUAGAUUUCUGGUAGAACCAUGGCUUACCAGGUCUAUUUUGCACAAUAUUUUUGUGAGUUCUUUAACAUGUGUCAGUUGCUAGUAAAGAUAUUAAGUGCGAGGGCGUUUUUUUUUAUACAGAAAAAGAAUCAAAAAUCUGAAAAAAAAGAACACUGAAGAAAAAUGAUUUUGAAGCCAAAACGGUUGAUGAAAAAUCAAAUAGCACAUCACACGGCGUACUGCUGUCCAAAGAAGGAAACAUGAAGGGAUAGCAGAAGAGUGGCCCUAGCUCAUUGCCUCAGUUGGAUAGAUAACAUGGAGAAAAUGAAAUGUCAACCCCAUUUUAGUUAAGGGUGCCUAUUUAAUCUAGAGGUUCAGGAGGCAAUUUGAACCCAAUGCGAAGAAGUACAAAAUUGCAGCUGACUUUCCUGUACGCAACCCUCGUUCAACAGUUAUCAUCGUCCGUCAUACAACAAGCUCCACAAAUAUCAAGGCCAUGAGGCUGGAAGUGGAUGGAUCUGAAAUGUUUCAAAGCAUUAGCUGAUUUGAUCCUAAUUGGGAUAAUGAGCACACUGUCUCUAUGAACUGAGUUCAUUGCUAAUUGCUUUCGAAGAACUAAUAAGAAAAUACUGGUGAAAGACUGGACUAGAGAACCAUAUAUGUUCCAACAAUUCAGAUUGAUAGGUUACCACCAUUUUUAAUAAAUUCUAUUUAAAACACCUUGAUAACAUUCAAAGCGAAUUAUUUGCUUAAGGCAUUAUUUUAUGGUUUCUAUCACACAAGCCAUUUAGUUUUUUGGCAAAGUUCGGACUUUGUGUUUUAAUAAUCAAUGUUUUCAAAACCUUGCCUCAUAGAGGCCCAUAUUUUAUACUUAAAAGCGCCAAUAUUUUGAAGGGACGCAUUUAGUAGAUUUGAGAUUUAGUAAAACACUUCAGAUAAUGACUUGUAAUAAUGGCAGUUGUGUAAGCAAAGCGACGUUAAAUCCGAAGCAAACUAUUUUUAGUUAGACCAAAAGUCAUCAUUGGGCAUUCACAAGUUUUUCCCCAAAUAGGUUCAUUUGUUUGAGGUUUUGAAUUUGGUUUAGACAUUUCAAGUCACCAGAAAGGCCAGCAAGGAUUUUAACAUAUGCAUUUCACCAAAGGAAGUAGCGUUUUAUUAGCCUAAUGUGGUCUUCCAGCCAAUGCUAGUUUCUGGAUUAGGGGAAGUGUAGAUUCAUUGGAAACAGCUGCCAUUCCAUCAACCUAACAAUAUUGCCUCUGAAGUUAAGAAUCUGUUUGUCUAACCUCAUUUUGCUUGGCUUAGUACAGAUGCAGAGAAAGUUGAUUUUUUUAAAAAAUAUUUUCGUAGAUAUUGUUGUGCUUUUUACUAUGUAGUUUACGUAGGCUGAGACACUAGCCUUACUGAGGUCUGUUAUGCGAAGCAAUUUUUUUUUCUGACAGCCUCCACUGUUGAUUUCUAAAAUUAUCAUUUUGUUACAAGAAUACAUCUGUGCUAGA